AUGGAGUCAACCGAUUCCUUCUGCAAAGAAAUGGGGAAAGUAGUGAGUUCUCAUUCCACUUCUAUUAAACAAAUUGAGUCACAACUUAGCCAAAUCUCGGCUCAACUCAACCUAAGGCAAAAGGGCACACUCUCUAGUGACACGGUUGCAAAUCCAGCAAAUGAUGAACACAAAUGCAAUGCAAUCACUACUAGGAGUGGGAAAAUAAUUGGGUUAGAAGAGUUGGUGAUGAAAAAGGGGUUGGUUGAUGAAGCGGAAAUUAUUGACGAACCAAGAAUCAAUGAAGAAGAAAUAGAGAUGAAAAAGAAGUGGGCGACUAUUGAGGAGCCCAUUGUUUUUGAAAUUGUUCCCGAAGGUGAUGAAGAGCCAGAAGGCGAGAAAGUGGUAGAGGAGAAGAAAGAAGACCCGGGAGCUUUCACCAUUCCUUUCACAAUUGGGAUGUAUAAGUUUGCAAAGGCCUUAUGUGACCUUGUAGCAAGCAUCAACUUGAUGCCUCUUGCUAUCUUUAACAAAUUGGGUUUGGGCACUCCCCGACCCACAACUAUGAGGUUGCUAAUAGUGGAUAGAACUGUAAAGAAACCGGUGGGUAUUCUUUAUGAUGUGCUUGUGAGAGUUGACCGAUUCAUUUUUCCGGCCGACUUUGUGAUUUUAGAUUGUGAAGUUGAUUUUGAAGUGCCCAUAAUCUUGGGAAGACCUUUCUUAGCUACGGUGCAUGCUUUUGUAGAUGUGGAGAGGGGUGAUUUAAAAUUUAGAAUGAAUGAUGAAUAG